GAGCGGAGGCGGCCGCGUCCAGCCCCGCAGUGAAUGGACUGGCGGCGCCCAGCUCUGUCCCGCCCGCUGCCGGCCCCCGCGUCUGCUCCCUCCCCGCCCCGGCCCCUGCCGGCCGCCGCCAGCGCCCUCCCCGGCUGUGAAUGAAAGGCGGGCGCAGCCGAGGGCUGACUGGGAACGCCGCGGCAACGCCGGCCUCCCGGGAGGCGCGCGCCCAGCCGAGAUGUACGGUGUGUGUGGCUGCUGCGGUGCCCUGCGCCCCAGGUACAAAAGGCUGGUUGACAACAUCUUCCCUGAGGAUCCUGAGGAUGGUCUGGUGAAGACCAACAUGGAGAAGCUGACCUUCUACGCCCUCUCAGCUCCAGAAAAACUUGAUCGCAUUGGUGCCUAUCUCUCUGAGAGGCUCAUCCGUGACGUGGGUCGUCAUCGAUAUGGGUACGUGUGCAUUGCCAUGGAGGCUUUGGACCAGCUGCUCAUGGCCUGCCACUGCCAGAGCAUCAACCUCUUCGUGGAGAGCUUCCUCAAGAUGGUGGCCAAGCUGCUGGAGUCGGAGAAGCCCAACCUGCAGAUCCUUGGCACCAACUCGUUUGUGUCACCACCAUUGGAAAAUGGCUAUGAAGAGGCAGAGGGGCUGGAGCUAUGGGGGCGUGUCCAGAAGCAGGUGUUGGGGGAGGUACAGAUCAUGGCCACGUAUGUCUCCUUUUCAGACUCAGUUGACCUGGUGGCAGCUGUGCUGGGCUGUCCGUGCACACAGCAUUAUUUUGCUCUAGGAACCCAGACGCUGCCUCUGAAUGCCAUUUGCUGCCCUUUCCAAGAACACCCUUGGGUCCAGAAGUGGUUCGGACAGCUGCCAGCUCAGGGUCUUGAAUGUGGUCCGGGUCAGGUCAGUGUGGCCAGGUGCUUCCAGGGAAUCCUUGCCCAUCCGCCAGUGGCCCUAGAAGUUCCUGGACCAGGGUAUGCUGGUGCUCAUAGGCUCCUGCUACCCCCAGUCACGGUCCCUUGCUGUGCUGCUCUCUCAGCCAAUAAGCUGGACUUCUCAGGGCUUGAGGACUUCCAAGUCCCAUUUCACCCUUUUCCUUACAGAAUUCGAAUGUCAGGAAUCAAAGGCCUGCAAGGGGUGGUGAGGAAGACGGUGAAUGAUGAACUGCAGGCCAAUAUCUGGGACCCACAGCACAUGGACAAGAUCGUUCCAUCACUGCUUUUCAAUCUGCAGCACGUAGAGGAGGCAGAGAGCCGGUCUCCCUCACCCCUCCAAGCACCUGAGAAGGAGAAAGAGAGCCCUGCGGAGCUGGCUGAGAGGUGCCUUCGGGAGCUGCUGGGCCGGGCUGCCUUUGGCAACAUCAAAAAUGCCAUCAAACCUGUUCUCAUCCAUCUGGAUAACCAUUCUCUUUGGGAGCCCAAGGUGUUCGCCAUCCGUUGCUUUAAAAUCAUCAUGUACUCAAUUCAGCCGCAGCACUCCCACCUGGUUAUCCAGCAGCUCCUGGGCCACCUGGACGCCAACAGCCGCAGCGCCGCGACGGUGCGCGCGGGCAUCGUGGAGGUCCUGUCCGAAGCCGCGGUCAUCGCAGCCACUGGCUCUGUGGGGCCCACGGUGCUGGAGAUGUUCAACACGCUGCUGAGGCAGCUGCGGCUCAGCAUCGACUACGCGCUGACCGGGAGCUACGAUGGGGCGGUCAGCCUCGGCACCAAGAUCAUCAAGGAGCACGAAGAGCGCAUGUUCCAGGAGGCCGUCAUCAAGACUGUCGGCUCCUUUGCCAGCACGCUGCCCACCUACCAGCGCUCCGAGGUGAUCCUCUUCAUCAUGAGCAAGGUCCCGCUGCCGUCCCUGCACCAGGCGGUGGACACGGGCAGGACAGGGGAGAACAGGAACCGACUGACCCAGAUUAUGCUGCUAAAAUCCCUCCUGCAGGUAUCCACAGGUUUCCAGUGCAACAACAUGAUGUCAGCCCUGCCCAGCAACUUCCUGGACCGCCUCCUCUCCACCGCCCUCAUGGAGGAUGCAGAAAUUCGACUCUUUGUUCUAGAGAUUCUCAUCAGUUUCAUUGAUCGUCAUGGCAACCGCCACAAGUUCUCUACCAUCAGUACCCUCAGUGACAUCUCUGUCCUAAAGCUGAAAGUGGACAAGUGCUCUCGACAAGACACCGUCUUCAUGAAGAAGCACUCCCAGCAGCUCUACAGACACAUCUACCUGAGCUGCAAGGAGGAAACAAAUGUGCAGAAACACUAUGAGGCGCUCUAUGGCUUGCUGGCCCUCAUCAGCAUCGAGCUGGCCAACGAGGAGGUGGUGGUGGACCUCAUCCGUCUGGUGCUGGCUGUUCAGGACGUAGCCCAGGUCAAUGAGGAGAACUUGCCCGUCUACAACCGCUGUGCCCUCUACGCUCUGGGCGCAGCCUACCUGAACCUCAUCAGCCAGCUCACAACAGUGCCUGCCUUCUGCCAGCACAUCCAUGAGGUGAUAGAGACCAGGAAGAAACAAGCUCCAUAUAUGCUCCCCGAGGAUGUGUUUGUGGAGAGGCCCAGGCUGUCUCAGAAUCUUGAUGGGGUAGUGACUGAGCUCCUCUUCCGCCAGAGCAAGAUCAGUGAAGUCUUGGGAGGCAGUGGCUACAAUUCAGAUCGGCUCUGCCUGCCCUACAUCCCUCAGCUGACAGAUGAGGAUCGCUUAUCCAAGAGGAGAAGCAUUGGAGAGACCAUCUCCCUGCAAGUGGAGGUAGAAUCGAGGAACAGCCCAGAGAAGGAGGAGCGAGUGCCUGCCGAGGAGAUCACCUAUGAGACGCUGAAGAAAGCCAUUGUCUCCCAACUCCAUGCCCAGCAGCCCCGCUGCCCCAUCUUAAGGAGAAGGACCUUCAAGAACUGCCGGCUGAUGGCCCCCCUGGCGAUUCUGAGCCUCUAUCCUGUCCCCAGCCAGCCUUCAGCAUCGCUGCUCCAGAGCAAACUCAAUCAGAUCUUCGAAAUCACCAUCCGGCCCCCACCAAGCCCAUCAGGAACCAUCACUGCAGCCUACGGUCAGCCGCAGAACCACUCCAUCCCGGUCUACGAAAUGAAGUUUCCCGAUCUGUGUGUAUACUGAAUUCCAAGAGCUGGAGCUCCUCAAGGGGAUGGGGUCUGAGGGAGGGGCUCACCUCACGCCCACCCCAACCCCAUGGAGAUCUGGCUGGGAUCUCCAAGAAAACGUCACCUUGGAUGGCAGUGCCCCCCGGGCUAAGCCAAGGUGGAGACUCUGGUCCUUCUUGGCCCUCCUACCUCCUCCUCGUCUUCCCCAAGGGAGAUCUCACCAAUACGUGUCUCACCUUUGCCCUUCAUCUUCUCUUUUGUGGCAGCCAGGGGCAGAGAAUCGUGGGGUGUCUCCAGAGAGAAGCCAGGGGGUGGGGGCGGGGAAGCUCCCACUUGGUGUUUUGAGUAAAGGGCUUCCAUGGGGGCGCAUGUCCUCCCCAGAGGAGGGAGCUGGAUGGAGACUUGGUUGGUGAGAGGAAGUGAUGGGCCCCUAGGGAAGGAAGCUGAGAGCGGAUCGGCUGUCUCCUCUGGAGCCUCCCCCACUCCCAGCCCACGUCCCUGCUGUGUCUCCCACUCUCUUGCUCAUCCCCCAGUUGUCUGUUUAUGUUUCUUCUAUUAAUGAAUGCUGAGCCCUUAUUACAGGAGCUGGGGUGGAGACGCCACGGGGCGGGACAGCAAAGGACAGGAAGCAGGGCUGGCAGAAGGUGAGGCCGUGGCAUCAGAGUGUGGUCCCUGCAGCAGCGUCUCACCUCCUUUAUUCAGAAGGAGCCUGUGGUGGCCUCCCAUGGUCCUGUCUGCUGGACAUUUUUCAGAGUUGAGUUCUCUUUGAUGUCUUCUGAGGGUCCCAAGGUGUUCCUGGAUCCUCUGGGUUGAGGAAAGGCAGAACAAGCUAAUUUCAGAGGGGAAUUGCAGGGCGCCCAAGAUUUGCCCACAUCACCUCUAUGGAAGAGACUCCCAGCCUGACCUGGGUUGUAGGAGAGUCGGGAGGGUGGGAUGAGCAUUUGGGGGCUCAGAGAUAUCAGAAGCCAAUUUUUUGGAUGUUCCAUUUGAAGAAGGAAGGAUCUAACCAAAUAUGGGAAUGAUUUCAUCACUCUCUGGACAAAGUCUGAGAUAUCGGGACCAUCUGGCAACACUUGUGGCUUGGGAGGGGCCGUGGAGACUCCUUUGGCUUCUGGGUUCUUGUUUUCCUGGCGUGCCGUCUGUGUCUCUGUGUAACGAGGGUGUGCAGAGAGGAGCUAAUGUGGAGCCAGGCAGAGCCGCCCAGGAGACAGUUUGCUGCCCUCUUUGCCAGUUCCCCUUCCGGGCCAACUUCCAGGUGCCUUUGUGCCUCUGGGGUGCCCCUGACAGAGCCUCACCUCGGCCUCCUCCCUGGGCAGUGCCAUGUGGUCCAAACUCGCCCUUUCCUUCUCCUUUAGUCACAUUUCCCAUAACUCUUCCGAGCCGACAUAACCUACAGUAAGAUGUGAAUGUCACAUGUUCUCCCCCUGGAGUCUCCUUUCCAGAGGAGGCAGUGUGACUAGAUUUCUCCAUCCAAAGGAAUCCAUUUUUUAUUUUUAUUUUUUUUUUAGAGAUGAGGGUCUCACUAUGUUGCCCAGGCUGACCUCGAACUACUGAGUUUAAGUGAUUCUCCCUCCUCAGCCUCCUGAGUAGCUGGAAAUCCCUUUUUAGGAUACAAUUUCAGGCAGUGUGGCAUGGAGUCAGAAGCAGACUGUUUCUGCUAAGAUUGGGGGCAGGCUUCUCGGGGUGUGCCACCAAAGCGUGGCACACACGGAUGUACAGGGACAGCCUGAUUGUUAGGUGGAUGUAUUUUCCAGAAUCCGGGAGAGCCUUAACACAAGGAUUUCCCAUUAAUAUGUGCAAUAAAUUUCUUGGGGAAGCGGU